GUAAGCUGUUGCAAAGCCGAUCCAGAGCUUAUGCCGACCAGUUACUUGCCGGAAGAUGUGCUCAGAGACAUUCUCCUCAGGGUUCCGGUCAAGCCGCUUGUUCGAUUUAGGUUAGUGUGCAAAUCCUGGUCUGUAUUACUGAAAAGUCGUGAUUUUACGACCACCCAUCUCAGCUGCUCAGCCAAUCAUGGCUGUAAUCAUCUUCUUGUUAACAGCCAUGGAGCUGAAAACCACAACAUGUCGUUGCUAUCGAGCGAGGCAAUCGAUGCGGCGGCGGUCAAGUUAGAAACUCCUUUAAAGGGAAAAGUUAGAUUAAUAAUGGCGGGUUCUUGUGAUGGGUUAAUCUGUUUAUAUAAAUCCUUGUUGAUUCUCUUAUGGAAUCCUGCUAUUAGAGAACACAAAAUUCUGCCUACACCUCGCAUCCACCCCACGUUCCCCAACACGUUGAGUUGGGUCUCCAUAGGAUUUGGUUACAAUCUUAAUGAUUAUAAAUUGGUGAGGAUUGUGUAUUGUAAAGCCCCGGAUAACCGUCUACUUCCUGCCCAGGUUGAGGUGUAUUCGACGAGUGCAGGUUCUUGGAGAUUGAUCGAUGCCAUUGUUCCCUCUGUAAUCGAGCAAUGUAAGUGUUCGGUAAUCGUGAAAGGAGUGCCGUAUUGGCUUGGUUUUGGGUCGUUUUGGCAGCAAACAAGGUUCGGACCAGAGGAUCCGAUUCGUGAAGAGUUUGUGGUAUCUUUUGACAUGGGGAAGGAGGUGUUUCGGCAGGUGCAUGUGCCAUAUUGUGAAGGUUCUUACAACAAGUACAGCAAGAAGCUCGGGGUAUUGAGGGAAUCCCUGGCUGUAAUCUACUAUCCUUGGCCUGAACAUGUCAGCACUUUCAUUGACUUUUGGGUGAUGAAGGAUGACGAAUGUUGGAGCAAAGUGCAGAGGAUUGGACCCUUUUCAAGUGUUGGGAUCCCACUGGGGUGUUGGAAAGAUGGGGUGGUGGUUUGGCAGAAUGGUAACGAGGAGUUAUUGUAUGACACAAGUACCAAACAAGUAAAGAAACUUUCAAGUCAUCCCAAGUUGAUUUCUACCUACGUUUCUACCUACAUGGAGAGCCUUGUUCCUGUGAACGCACUGUAAUUAAAUUUGUUUGAUGUUCAAUCUGAUCAAAUUCUGUAAUUGUUGCGUAGGUUGUUGGUCUCUGCCUUUGCGUAUUCUCUCUUGUAUUCGUCUACCAAUAACAAUCAAUGAAAUAAAGAA